AUGGAAAACAAAGAUCCACAAGAGCAGAAUCAGCCGGUGUCACUGGAAUCAUUGGACGAUGAUGGUAUGGAUCUCUAUGGUGACCUAAUAGAGGACACUCAACCAACGGCCGCUUCCAAUACUGCUUCCAAAGCUGCUCCCAAUGACGGUUCCUCCAACGACCACCACCAGAAGCAACAGAACCCCAAAUCCCUCUCCUUGGCAGAUCACAUCAAAGAGCUCGAAACACAACUAGCUGCUUCCCAGAAAGAAAAUGAAACUCUGAAACGCAACAUGGGGACUCUGUACAGAACUGCCAAGAACGAAAUUGACAGCAAAAAUUCACACAUUGAAUUGCUCACCAAGCAGUUGGAUCAAUUCCAGAAUGCGAGCUACGAAUAG